AACGGAGCAGGACAGGAGCAGCUGGUGGAGCAACAGUCAGGACUUUCUGAGGACAGGUUGUAGUUUUAUUUAUGAAAAGAUAAACAUCUGGAUCAGCUGCUUCCUGUCGGGAUGGAGAAGGUGAUCAGCUGCUUCCGGUGGAGACCGGAAGCUGCGGUCAGGCUGAUCUGCUUCCCGUGGGCGGGUGGAGGCUCCAUCCAUUACUCGCGCUGGGGAAACGUCCUGAACAGCUCCAUUGAAGUGCUGGCGGUGCGACUCCCGGGCAGGGAGAGCCGAGCCGGAGAACCGUUCUUCGAGAACAUGCAGCAGCUCGUGGACGAAGUUGUCGCUGCGCUGCUGCCGCUGCUGAGAGACAAACCGUUCGCUCUGUUUGGUCACAG